GAGCCACGCACGCUACUGUGCGCAACUGACAGCCAUCGACGAUAAAUUGUUACACGAGGCGACCACGCCGGAGGCUAGAAAUACAUACCAGAAUAAGGCCAAAGGCGGCACAGGAGCGAGUGGACACGUCAGCUCGCGGGGGAGAAUCGGAGUGUUCCGCCGCCCUGGGCACAACAACGUCACCCUCCACACUGGUCUCCGGGACCCGCGGCUCCUCCUCCUACUCCACCACACCGCCUCCACCUCGCCCUUGAUCAUGGUGUUGCUGGCUGCAGCAGUCUGCACCAAGAGCGGCAAAGCUCUGGUGUCGCGCCAGUUUGUCGAGAUGACCAAAUCUCGCAUUGAAGGCCUUCUGGCAGCGUUUCCCAAGCUGAUGACUACUGGGCGACAGCACACCUUCGUGGAGACAGAAUCGGUCCGCUAUGUUUAUCAGCCCUUGGAUAGACUCUACAUGCUGCUUAUCACAACUCGAGCAUCGAACAUUUUGGAAGAUCUGGAGACACUGAGACUCUUUUCCCGUGUGAUCCCAGAAUAUUGUCGCAACAUGGAGGAGAGCGAGAUUCUUGAAAAUUCUUUCCACCUCAUAUUUGCUUUUGACGAGAUCGUUGCAUUGGGUUACCGCGAGUCUGUCAACUUGGCCCAGAUACGAACAUUUGUGGAAAUGGAUUCACACGAAGAAAAAGUGUAUAGGGCAGUUCGUGAAACUCAAGAGAGGGAGGCUCGUACCAAAAUGAAGGAGAAGGCUAAGGAACUUCAGCGAAAACGUUAUGAAGAACAAAAGAGAGGUGGCAAGAACCAGGGUUAUUCUGGUGGAAACACUGGAGGUUUUGGCAUGUCGGGAGGAUUUGGAGGUGGCUCGGGAGGCUUCACGACACCUACCGAAACCAUCACAGCCUCUACACAGGAGACGAGACCGUCCUCCACCAUAAAGCCGUCUGGCCCCAACCGAGCUAUGAAGCUAGGCAGCAAGGCCAAAGACGUGGACUCGUUCGUGGACCAACUCAAGUCUGAAGGAGAACGUGUCGUGUCAUCUUCGGAGCCAGUCUCUAAGAUGACCCCAGUUAAGACCCCUCAAGUGGAUGUGGAGCCGAUACACAUAGUGAUGGCAGAGGACUUAAUUGUGCGAGCUGGAAGGGACGGAGGCUUACAAAACAUGGAAGUUCAAGGCAUACUAAAGUUACGCAUCACCGACUCCGAACAUGGCUUUGUGAAGGUUCAGGUUGAUAACACAGACACAAGACCUAUUCAGCUACAGACUCAUCCAAAUGUGGACCGUGAUCUGUGGCGCUCGUGUGGCCAGAUAGGGAUGAAGAUGUCGAACAAACCAUUCCCUCAUAACACAGAUGUUGGUGUACUUAAGUGGCGCUUCCAGACCACGGAUGAAAGCUACGUUCCCCUCUCAAUUAACUGUUGGCCUCAGGAGAAUGGUACAGGAGGCUGUGACGUUAACAUAGAAUACAAUUUGGAGAAGAGAGACAUGGAAUUGAAUGAGGUGACCAUAACCAUCCCUCUGGCCUCUGGGGCUCCUCCUCCUGUCAUCAAUGAGUGCGAGGGUGAACACGAGUACGACCGCAGCCACUGUGCUCUGGUGUGGCGCAUACCGGUUAUUGAUAAGGGUUCUCCCACUGCAUCCAUGGACUUCACGGCUCGUGGUGUUCCGGACAAUUUCUUCCCAGUGCGUGUCAGCUUCAAUUCUCCUCGACCCUACUGUGACCUUAAGGUACUGGGGGUGGUGAGCACAUCAGAUGGAGCCCCCGUGACAUACUCUCAUGAAACGCAACUUAAAACCAACGUGUAUGAGAUUGACUAGAGCUUUAUGCAGCUUUGUUAUAAUGCACAAUUUUCUGGAUUUUCAUGAUCUUACUUUAUAUUUACUGGGUUACUUGUUAGAAUAACUGGGUUUCAGUUUUCAUCGUAUCACUCGGUAUCAAACACAUUGGAAUAUUUGGUUGGUAAAUAACUUGGAAGGUCUUGCUUGUUAUGGAUAUAAAAAAUUGCUUCCAUUCCAUUUCCUUUAUUUUUUCCACUUUUCUGAAUGUUUAUCUUCACGAUUUAGGUUACCUUAAUCUACACAGUAGCGGUAAAAGUUGUUUAAAGCACUUGUUAAGGUUAAGACUAGAAAAUACUCUUUAACCACCAUUUACUAUUUUUUUUCCUCUUUCUCUUUCUUCUGUUAGAGACAAAGUAGGCAUUCCCAAUUUUCUAUAAAAACCAAGUUGGUUAUAGUAUUCCAUUUUAAGAAAUGUCCGUGACGGUGCAGAUAUGGGUAAGUAUGGAUCACAUGUGUCGGGGAGCUUUAUGUAACAUGCCCAAUGAAUUUUUAGCAUUGUAUUUGUAACCAAUUUACCAUCAUGCAAAAUUUGUUACAAAUUAUGGUGUUGGUUCAACACUACAGCAGAAGUAAGUAGUGACGAUGAACAUCUCCCACUGGUGCACGGCAAAAAUGAGGUACCUUUAUGACAGGGUAUUGUCACGAACUAAUACAUUUAAGGCUGCAUUGAGAGCCAGUUAUUUGUUUAAUAGUGGGAGUAUGCUUUCAAGGUGUUACGUAGUUUAAUGAGAAACUUGUCUAGACACCCACAUGUAGGACCAUUGUCUCCAGAAAUAUCUAAAUACAGGAUAGUACAUUUUUAUCAUUGGAGCAUUCCUUUGUUAGCAUUAUGGGUGAUCAGUGUAUAUAGUGAAAAGAUUUUUAUUAUCCAUUUUGAUUCACGAUUUAAGCUGCUAUAAAUAUUGAAAUAAAUCUCUUAUGACAUUAAAAUAUUGUUCAAUAUAUAUUCUGCAUUAAAGAGAUAAAACCCA